CAGUGUUCAGAGUUAGAAGCGGAAAUUAGAGAAAAUGGUGUCUGAUGAUACAGUCUACGGAGUCCUCUUGGUAUUUUCGGUCGCGUUUGGAUUGUAUACCAAGAAUCUUAAAGGGGUUGAUACUAGACAAACCGUAUCUACCAUAGCCGGAUUUUGUACGAUCCUGCUUAUAUGCCACUUGCACGUUUUUCACUCAAUUAUCACCGUUAUUGGAACUUGUGUGGUCCUGAAAUGUGUGCCUCACCGGAACUGUCAUAUUGCUUGCUUCAUUUGGAAUUUUGGAUAUCUGGUAGUAUUCCGAACAGUUCAUCUUCUGGGAAUUCCUGCUCCACCUCCUCUUUCUAAUGCUGUGCAACUGUUCCUGACUUUAAGGAUGAUUGGACUAGCGUUUGAGAUCCAUGACAGCAGGAUGGCUGUGUUCAAGGAGGAUGCCACACAGGAGGAGAAGAGACUCAUAAAGAAAUAUGUUCAUAUCGAUCCAAGCUUCUCCGACAUCUUCUCCUAUGCCUACUGCUAUAUUGGAAUGAUGACAGGCCCGUACUACAAGUACCGUACCUAUCAGGACUGGCUGGAGGAAUCCAAUACAGAACACAUUGCCACUCGUCCACCGUUCUGGGAGAAAGUCAAACCACUCCCCCUCAUUCUGGCGUGCUUCCUGGCCUUCUCUCACUAUUUCAAUAUCCAGUAUGUAGAAACGGAUGAGUUCUCUGACCAACCGUUCUGGUUUCGAUUGUUCUACAUGAUGCCGAUGUUUAUCAUCUUCCGGACCCGCCUGUACAUCGCGUGGCUGCUGUCCGAGUGCAUGUGUAUCACAUCAGCUCUCGGAGCAUACCCGGUCAAGUCCAAACCCAAGUGUGGACAAGGCCCUACUGAUCUCAAGGCCCUGGAAGACACGCAGAACGAAUCUGAUAAGAAGUCUGUUGAGUACAACUUCCAGUCUGUGCACAAUCUGGACAUCUGGGGGUGUGAGUUGGCGCCGACAACCAGGGAAGGUCUUCGCAGCUGGAACAUGACUGUACAGUACUGGUUGGCUACGUACAUCCAUCGUCGCAUCCCAGCCAAUCUCAAGGCCUACAGGGUGUCGAUCACGAUGGGCGUGAGUGCGUUCUGGCACGGCAUCCACCCUGGAUACUACCUCAGCUUCCUGACGGUACCACCGAUUCUCAUGGCAGAAACAGCCAUGUCCAACACAUUCCGCCGAGAUGCUUCCCCCCUGCAGCAGCAGCUGUUUGACUGGGGUUGCUGGUUCUUCAAGAUGAGGGGGUUUGACUACAUGUGCAUGGGGUUCCUCUUGCUGCGGUUAAAUUCCACCCUAAACUACUGGUGUUCCAUAUACUUUACUGGACAUAUUGUGGUUGUUUUGUUUUUGGUUAUUGGAAAUGUUUUUAUGAAAAAGACAAGACGUGAAGUGAAGAAGGAUUAGAUUUGAAUUAACAGGGAGAAUAUGUAAUUCCAAUGAAUGGGUCCAGUAUGACAUGCCAAAGAGUUGAACACGUGAUAUUCAAAAAUACACAUUGUUUAAAAGGGCCACUGUAAAACUCAGGGAAGAAAAUGACAGUGAUUAAUGGAGUUUGAACAUGACCUUUUCUCUCUUUAUCCUGUUAAUAGUAACAUGAUAACAUGUUCUGAAUUUGGUACGAAAACUAUGGAGUAAACAUUUCGGAGUAAACAUUGUUGUACUUAAUGAGACUUUGCCAGGUUAUGAAGACAUCAGGAUACAUUGAAGAACUAUAUAUGUAUAAGAAGAUCUUUUAAAUUAUUGCAAGUAAUGUUUGGCAAUUUUUUUUUUUUUUUGUUGAUCAAAAGAUUGGUUUCUUAAAAAGAGGUACAAUGUUUUGACACGUUAGAGUGUUUUGAAGAAUAUGGUCCAGAACAAUACUCAAUAUGUUUUAUCCAUAGGCACCUUUUUGACAUAUAUAUUUAUAUAUACUUUCCAUAUUUUUGUUUUUAAUUUUUUUAAAUAUUCUUUUGGGAUACAUCUAGAUUCAUUUAUGCGUGAGCAGCAUUUCAAACAUGUUUCUUGUGUUCAGUUAAAGCCAAUUUGGGCGUACUGUGUCCUACGUUUGACUCUUUUCAUAUUGCAGGUGAAGAGACCACGCCCAAAUUAUCUUCCGGUUAUUAACCAUAUUCUACACUUAGUCGUAGUGUUAAGGGUGAUUGUGGAACAGGGCCUAGGUAAUCGGUUUUGGUAUCCUGUGUUUCGAUAUGUGGUGAUGAUGUGAAGAGUUUGAAACUAGAAUAAGGGAACUUAAAGAUGUUCCGUGUAUGUGAUUGUUGCUUCCUCUGGUUCAUUGUGUUCAUUUGGAGAUGAAGACCUCAUGUAAUUUAACAUUGUCAGUUGCAUCUGGAGUUUUCACUAUCUUAACUAAAUGAAUAUGGAGACCUUUUAUUUUUCUGGAACAAUAUUUGGCUCUGGGUAGCAUUUUGUGUUUGACUAGUCAAUACUGAGUUAUGUCCCCCUGAACAGGCUAUGGGAUAAACAUAUGCAGACAACUGAAGGAUUUAUAUAAAUUGAUCAUAUGAUCUGACAUAUACCGGUAAGUUACAAGUUUCCUAGUUGAGCAGUCAAAUGUCUUUCAAUGAUGGCUAUCAUUGAUACUAGUCACGUCUUUGUUACUGAUAUAUUCUUACGAAGCCUCCACACAGGAACUGCCUAAUGUGUCCUGCCUCAGCACUUACUCCUUGAUGCACUGACUGUACAUGCAUCUCAGCCCUUCUACGUGUGUUUCUGAUAAUUAAGAUAACUGACAUUUGUUUUGAAGCCUUGUUUUUGUUUGGCUUCCUGUGUAGGUGUAGUUGGGCCGUCAGUAUUCCUUGUAGCUUAAGGUCACACAUUUUUUAUGUUUGUUUCACAGGCCCUACGUCCCAACUGAAAAGCAGCUGAAAAAAAAAAUUAGGCACAAAAAUAUUUAGUUUUAUUAUGUCUCCCGCUAGUUAAAUAGACCCUCUUAUAAAACAUAAAACAUUAUACAUAAAUUCUAUAUCUACAUCACUGGCAGUCAUUCAAGAAGCCAGCUGCAGUUUUAACUCCAUGGUAGAAUGACUUUAUAUCAAUAAAUAAAUGAUUGACAUAGCUAUUUAUUUUAAUUUUUAUUUCGACCAACCUUGUGUGGAAAGGCUGGAAUAAAACUGUGAAACAUAAAAUUAAAAUAAUGUUGCCUGAACAUACACAAGGAGGGUAUGCUGUGUGAGAUAGGAUCUGCUUAAUCUAGGAAAUGAGCAAACCUUUAGAAUUCUUAUGAAAGUUAUCACAUGUUCAUGUGAAUGAAUAGACUUUGUUAAUUUAAACACUUGAAUGAUGGAUAUGGCUAAAAUGCGACAAAAUAUCCUAUGUUAGAUGUUUUCUAAGAUUUGAAUGAGAGAAAACCUCUGAUAUUAGCUGAUUCUCUUUCAUUGUGGUCACAGACUUGCUCAUAGUUGAAGAUUUUCGAUUGAAGUUUAACAAGUAAGACCUUUUCACCUAUUUUACCCAUAUUUGAUACGUACUUGAUUGUGUCAUAAUUCCAACACAUAAUCUCAGUCACAUGAACAAGCCCUGCAGUAAUCAUGACAAGAUUUCAAGUUAGUAGCAAAGGUCAAUUUUCAGUUGGUAAUAAUUCCCUUAUCAGUGCUUGUCAACACUAUAAUUACAGAUAGUUUACUGAUAGCCAGUGUAUUGAAAUACAAAAUAAGUGUUGUGUGGACAAAAAGAAAUGUUUUCAAGUACAUGAGGUGUGUGUAUGAUACACCUGCAAAGUAUAUCAGGAUUUUUGUGAUAAUUAAUAUGAAGGUUGCAAUACAUUGCCAAAUACAAAUGUCUCUAAAAGAUAAUAAAAACAAUAUGAAAUACAGAUAUGACUACCAGAUAAACUGCCAAACAUUAACUAUAAUAUAGCAUUUAAUGCCACACACAGCCAUGACUAGCGUAACAAUAGGUAGAUUGGCUGCAGGUUUCACUUUAGGUAAGGAAUGAAUUAACUUCAAAGAACAUAAGAAUAUGUAGCUGUGAAAGUAUGGCCAAAUAGCAAUACUUGUCAAAGAGUACUGCAAUAUAUCCUGGGACACUUAGUUGCAAUCCACCCAAACUACAAUGUAUUGUUACACUCCUCCAGGACACACUAUUGUACUUUUAUCCCCUAAUCACCCAUUUUACAAAUCAUUAAUCCUCUCUUUAUCUUCGGACUAUUUACACAAAUUUUUCAUUUUGCCAUUUUUUUUCAUUGUUACGAAGUUGUUUCAUCGUAAAGGAUUUUAAUGGAUUGUUCAAUCUUUUUCGAAAUUCUUUGAUAACUUGGUCUUAAAUUCCUUGAGUAGCAUUACUUCGAUUCUUUCCCUGAAAUAAUAAUCCUUGGUAUCAACAUUAGACUAGAUAAACACUUUACUGUCAUCAUGUUGAGAGAGACACCUUAAGAUGCAGCACUUACUUAUCCUGUUUAUCUGUUUUGAGGAUUGUCCAAGUCUAAGAAAUAGUUUUUGGCUAUCAUCCAACAUUCCGACUGUAAACACUUGUAUUUUAUUACAUUCCUCUUCUGAAAUUAUAAUCCUUCAUAUCAAUUUGCUUCUAACACUAGACUAGGCGAACACUUUGCAUAAUAUCAUAUCAUGUCAUGUUUAAGAAAGCUGAUUUAGCUGAUUUGAUUAUCAAACAUUGUAAUAUUGCUAUGAAGUUGUUUUGAUGUUGGCCUGGAACUGGGGGUUCCUCCUAGGUUGUGUCCAGCUAAAUAUCCCUUCCUGAUGACCCCCCCCCCCCAGAUAACAGAAAAUGGACUGGUCCCCAGGACUUUAGGACGAAAGUCACAUAUAUGUUAUUGUGAUAGUUCUACCAAGUACUUUCACUUCUGUACCUGAAUAUUUAGGGAAUGAUAGAGCCUGUGUGAUGAGUCGGAGUCUGGUUUGCUGUGGGACGUACUAGUAUGUGCUUGCUAAACAUGCUGAAGAUAAGGUUUAAUUCCUGAGGCUGCAAGACAGUGUGUACAUUUACUCUGUUAUCAGUGACUUAAGUAAGAUCAGUAAGUAAGAUGUCAUAGCUUGUCACGGACUACCUUGGGGUGAUACUACAAAUGCUUUCAUAAAUUGUUGCCACUCGUUUACUUGAAGUGUCCCUUUUGGUCCAGUUUAUGACGAGUGAGUGAGUAAGGUUUUACACCACUAUUUCUAAGCAAUAUUCCUGCAAUAUCACAGCAGGGGACACCAGGAAUGGGAAUCACACACUGUACCCAUGUGGGGAAUCAAACUGGGGCUUCGGUGUGACGGGCGAACACUUUGACCACUGGGCUACCCCACCGCCUCCAGUGACGACAAAUGUACCACACCAGUUUGCCCUUCUAUGCAUGUUUACACUCUGCCAUCAUACAGCUGGAAUAUUGCUCUCUCAGCAGGUGCUGAGAGUUUGCUUGAAUAUACAAAACGUCAAUAAUAAAUGCUUAUUGUGGAGUUUGGUGGGUAGUGUGCAGUGUUAUUUGUCUUUAUUGUUCAGGCCAGUGUCAAACAAAUCUGCACUUUGGAUUUGCAUGUGUAUGUGAGUGUUAGUAGCAGACCAGAGCUCUGCCAACCAGAGCCGUCCUUUUGGUUUCUUUCACUGUCAUAUCUGUCAAUUCAUUGAAUUACACAUGUAGGCACCGAUACUAUAGACACUGUUGCAGAUGAUUUAUUUAUUGCACAGAGAUAUGAACAUGAGAAGUACAUUUAUAUCCCGAUACUGCAGACAUGCCAUUUCAUCAAGUGUGCUGACAUCAGGGGCAGUGGGGUAGCCUUGUGGUUAAGCGUUUGCUUGUUACGCGGAAGACCCACAUGGAUGCAAUGUGUGAAGCCCAUUUCUGGUGUCUUCCGCUGUGAUAUUGCUGGAAUAUUCCUAAAAGCGCCGUAAAAUCAUACUCACUCACUCACUGUCCUGAAAUUAUGUUCCAUGGAAAAUGUGAAAUCUUUCAGGAAGGUAGAGUAUUUGUACAUUGAGACGUCAAGGUUGAGCUAUAGAGUUCUGGGUCCAGUACCAAUAGAUCCAGGUGAUAGUAGACUGCCAUGCUUCCUCAACCUGUCAUAUAGCAAUCUUUGAAAAGUGGAAUGUUGUCCUUAAGCAGUGCUUGACAUUUUUCUCCUCGGAUAUAUUGGAUUUUUUAAUUCCAUUUCUCCACGAUUCCCUCCUUGUACAUCUUGCCAAACAAAGACUCAUAUUUUUCAGAAAUGUCAUGCCUUAGACUAAACAGGUCAAAGUAUGGUUGACAUAAUAUUUAUCUGGAAAAGGAGGUGCUAGCAUGCAUGGUUUUAUUGUAAAGUACACAUACAUAAUAUUCUAUGUACAUCUGAACAGUGCAUCUCAAGAUUCUACUUACAGGUACAAUCCGUGCCCCAGACUUCAGUGUCUAGUAGCCCGAAAAUGGCCUCUGGCAUCAUUUUCAGUAGAAUUUAGUGUUAUUAUAUGGACUAUUAGUAGCUGAGCUCACUGAAACAGACCUUUACUAGACUCAGGCUACAGACUUGUGGCUAAAAGUCGCAGACUGCAUUUAACAUGAAUUGAAAUGUCAUGUAAUAUCUUUUACAGUUUAUAUUAAACUUAAAAGAAUUUUAAGUUUGUCACACAUGGGUGACCUUUGAUCGCUGCUUAAUGGCUUGUAAAUGACCCAUGUCAGUGGACCUUCACCCAAAUCAAAUAUUUCAUUUUUCAUUUGAAUUUCAUAAUGUUAAUAACUAUAUGUCAUUUAUAUACCUUUCUCUUUGCUAUACACAUUGAAUGAAAUAAAAGACAUCAUACUUAAA